GGGGUACUGUAGAUGAAACCGGCUGAGAUAGACGCCACCGAUCUCCGACUUGUGCGCCGCCAUGUUCCGCCACGCCGCUAGCUGCUUGCGGAACCGAUCCGCCACUUCCGCCGGAGUAUCGCGAGGGUUCUCCACCGAUCCUGCCUCCACGCCGCCGGCUGACGAGGCCUUCGCAUCCGCCUGGAGGAGGGCGGCUCCCGGUGUUGAUCCUCCCAGGACUCCCCUCUCCUUCACGCAGCACCGGCCGCCUGCCUCAUCCUCUAUCCCGGCAAAGCUCAGAAUCAACUUCGUUCUGCCCUACGAUUCCGAGUUCUCCGACAAUGAGGUUGAAAUGGUUGUAGUCCCAACAACAACUGGAGAAAUGGGGAUUCUCCCAGGACAUGUGGCAACAAUAGCUGAGCUAAAGCCAGGAGUCAUCUCAGUGCACCAAGGCAGUGCCGUGAAGAGGUAUUUCGUGGCAAGUGGUUUUGCGUUCGUGCACUCGAGCCAUGUCGCUGAUAUAAUGACUCUCGAGGCGGUCCCCGUUGACCGGAUUGACCCCACCGCGGUGCAGAAGGGGCUCGCGGAGUUCUCCCAGAAGCUUAGCUCUGCCACUACUCAGCUUCAGAAAGCUGAGGCACAGGUUGGGUUUGAUGUGCUAACUGCUCUUAACUUUGCUGUCAUGGGUCAGUAAUGCCCUUUUUUUCUUGGUCAUGCUAGAAUCAACACCAUAGAUGACACCAAGAUUGACACCGUAGUUAUGGUUUACUUAUUUAUUGGUUUUUGAUUGGGCCUAGAAAUAUUGGGUCUGACCCACAAGCCCUCAUUCACCACAACCACUACUCCACUCAAUUCCCCUUUUCCUAUAAAGGAGAUCCUCUGUACUCCAUGAUGGAGGGUAUAUCCCUCCAAACUCCAUCAAUACCCAACAUUAUGUCCCAAUGU